CUACCUCCUUUCACCCUUCCCCCGUUGCUCUUCAAGUCCGACUCGCACAUUGCUGCCAUACCCAGCACCUCCUAGUAGAGUGUCGGGUUGUGUUUGCACCCGUGGGUGGAUGAACUACACUCUCCAGCGUACAAAUAACAGUAUCGACGUUUUUCCAAUAAACCGUGAGAAGUCGUACAACCGGGCUGGGUUAUGGAUGUAUUUUUCUUACUCAUCGGUUUGUCCACACCCCUAAGAGAUAAGGACGAUCAAGCCUUCAGCUUCGCUUGCAACCGAGGGAGAAAGUGACACUCGAGAAACUGGAGGGCAAAUGACAAGGGAGCUUCAUUGCAUCGCUUGAGAAAGUAUCUUAGAUAAUAUUUGUAUAAUUUGUCUGCUCCUGAUGAAGAUCUCUCGGAAUUGAUUUAUUUUUGAUUAUUUGCCUACAUUUUUUAUUUGAAAUACGGAUCCAAAGAUUUGGAGUAGACUAUCAUCGGCUGUUUCCCUGGCGGCAGACAUGGAGUCCCUCCAGAGCUGUGUCCACCAUGUCCCUCUCCGUGCGCCCGGCGCGACGAAUCAUCUCCAGAUCCAUCACUAGGAGCCAGUCGUUUGCUGGGGUCAACUCCUACGAUAAGCCCUACAGGAACCUGUCAGUGUUCAGCACCCCAGGCAUCACCAGGAAGCCCUCCAGAGCCAGCAGGAUGUUCACCCUGUCAGCCAAAUCCCCUCCACCCAAGGUGCCCCAGCCAGAGAGGCUUGACGAAGUCUACGAGGCUCUGAAGAGAGGCCUGCAGUCCUACCUGCAGGUGCAUCAGAUAGAGCUGGACGGCCUGAGCAGACAGAUGAGGGAGUCCAAGAGAAACUCUCGUCUGGGCUUUCUCUAUGAGCUGGAUAAGCAAGUGAAAGUGAUUGAGAGGUUUAUGCGACGGCUUGAGUUCCAUCUAAGCAAGAUUGACGAGCUGUAUGAGGCUUAUUGCAUGCAGCGCCGGCUGAGGGACGGGGCCAAUAAGAUGGUGAAGGCCUACACCGUUUCCCAGGGCAGCCGCGAGGCCAGAGAGAGCCUGUCUGAGGCCAACAAAGGCUACAGAGAGUACACAGAGAACAUGUGCAUGUUGGAGAGCGAGCUGGAAAACCAGCUGGGGGAAUUUCAUGUGAAGAUGAAGGGUCUAGCAGGGUUCGCACGCCUCUGUGCUGGGGACACGUAUGAGAUCUUCAUGAAGUAUGGUCGACAGCGCUGGAAGCUGCGGGGUAGGAUUGAGAUCAACAGCAAGCAGGUGUGGGACAGCGAAGAUAUGGUCUUCCUGCCUCUCAUCACAGAGUUUCUGUCAAUAAAGGUGACCGAACUGAAGAGCCUUGCUAACCACGUGGUGGUGGGAAGCGUGUCGUGUGAGACCAAGGACCUGUUUGCUGCUCUACCCCGGACGGUGGCCGUGGAUAUCAAUGACCUGGGGACCAUCAAACUGAGCCUGGAAGUUACCUGGAACCCCUUUGACAAAGACGACCAAGCCUCGGCUGCCAGCACCGUCAACAAACCCCCGACAGUCAACAAACGCUUCUCCACCUACAACCAGAGUCCCCCCGACACCCCAUCGCUACGGGAACAGGCCUUCUAUAACAUGCUAAGGAGGCAGGAGGACAUUGAGAAUGGCACAGCCUGGUCCAACUCCUCAGAGUCGUCAGACGAUUCGUCCAGCCCCCAGCUCUCCCUGGGGCUCCGUCACGCCAACAAGAACCUGGUCCAGCCAGAGGUUCAAGUCGCCGCACCCUCCAUUGAGAUCUCCUUCACGCCUCGACACACUGCCACCUCCACCCCGACACGCUCAGUCAAACCGGAGGAUGUGGACGACGAGACAACGGAACCAGACACUGGGACAGCCGCUAAAGAGGAGGACUCCGGGAAACAGGUGGUGCCUAAUGGCCACGUCCGUUACUCACGCUCGCUCAGUCAUAUUAGUGAGAACAGCGCUGAUGGCGUACUGGUGGACAGGUUCACUGGCGAGUCUGUGCAGCCCUCCGAGGUCACCUCCCUGCAGUCUGGGAUCUCUAUAACCGAUAUUGAGGUGGAGAGGGAGGAGUCAGCCCCAACCCCAGCGGAGACCAAGGCCACCCGAGAACUUUCUGCGACUCCCGUCCCAGCGACAGUGACUGUGGAGGAGAACCGGACGGAGAGCAGGCAUUCUUCAAUGUCUGUAGAGUCAGACACUGGACUAGAGGCUGUCCCUGAGGUGGAACUCCAGAGGACUGAUACUGUGUUGCAGCAGGGUGCCUUUCUGGAUCCCAGGCCAGACUCACCACCGCAGGCCCAGGGCACAGAGGACACGUACACUGCCCAUAGGGUCCUGGUGGUGGAGGCCGAGAAGCCUGGAACUGUAGUAGAGGCCAGGCCCACAAAGGUGGAGGAGAACCAGGCUGUGGAUAGUGGAGUUGGGGAAGCUCUAAGUGCAGUCGUCUGCUCCCUGGAUGACUACAGGGGACAAUUUCCUGAGUUACAGGUCCUGGAGCAGGAGCUCAGACUCCUGGAAAACACAUUAACAGGCCGUACCCGCAGUCGGUCGUCCAGUGUGAAGAGUCUGACGGUGGAGACCGCUCUGGGGAGCUUUGACUUCCUCAACACCUCAGACCUAGAGGAGGAGGACGAAGCGGAAGACGAGAAGAAGAGUGUAACAGACAGUGAGCGCCACAGCGCCCCUGGCAGGCCAUCAGAGGAGAGUGCAGGUGAGGAUGAGGGAUGUGAGGAGCGAGGCUGGGAGUCCCCCUCCACUGGGCCUAUGAGCACAGGCUGCCGUGCUCUGGAUCAAACCCUAGUGGUCCAUCUAGAGAACUGCAGUGCACAACUACUGAGGCUGGGAACCUUUGGGCCUCUGCGUUGUGGGGAGAUGUAUGCUCUGGACCGACUUCUCCGGGAGACCCGUGUCCUUGAGCUCAUCAGACGUGUGACCAAGGAGGCCCCUGGAACCAUCACUCAGCCUGAUGAAGUGGUUCCCCAGUUAGAACAGUGCCAAGGGGCAACAUCGCUGUGGCGGCAGUGUGCAUACAAUGGCAGCGUGUACAUCACUUCCACAGAGGCUUUCCUCACAACUCUGGUGGAGGCUUAUACCAACAAACUGCCUGAGAGAGGAGCUAGCCUGGCAGACAUAGUAUUUUUGCGCCUGGUGGAGAGGAUUCUGGAGAGGAAGCUGCCCAAGCGAGGCAGUGGGGCGGGAACACGCAUGCUGACUCUGUUCCAGUUCUGGAGCUACCUGGAGGCGGAGGGAGUGAGCGAGCUGGACACACACAUCACUGAACUGGCAGAGGAGGUGUGGCUGGUCGAGAGCCUGCAGUCAAAGGAGCAGGAGGUGCUGGUGAAGGCCCUGAAGAGGCCCCCAGAGAGCAGCCUGAAGAGGGAGGGCUUGCAUGCCGUCAGCCUGCUGCUAAGGGACCCAAGGGGGAAGGUGUCUGCCUCAGCCAGUUCUCUGCUUCGGAGCCUAGCCGACCAACCACGCCAUCGAGAAAGGGCUCUGGUAAGCUGUCUGGAGCUCCUGGAGAACGAGAGCUUGGAGACAAGAGUGUGUGGCUGUAAGGCACUCGCGUGUCUGAAGGCCAAAGAAAGCAUUGACCAGUUAGUGUAUCUCUGUCGAUCAGACAAGGAGGAUGUAAGGGACGCAGCCAAACAAGCUCUGCUUGUGCUUGGUGAAGAGGGGAAGUUGGCCCACAGACAUGUUGAGACGUCACUGCAGGAAGCAGUGCCACGCCUCUUUUCCCCUGGCAGCAUGGCCAGCACCGCCUUCUAAUGACACUACAAUAGAACAAUGAUUACAUCAUGCCCAUGUCAGCACACUGUCAUAGAGCCAACAUGAUGACAAACAUACAUGAAAUAUACACUGUCGAAGAGGUUUCAAUAUACUCAUGUACAAAAGACAGUGUUGUUACACAUGUACUCACUAACAAUGGGAAGACAUCUACAGCUUGACAUAGUCAGUGGACGGAACCUGCUUAUUAUAAACCUGUGUGAGAUUAGGGAAGUACUCGUGGAGAGCAAUUGAAUUAAAGAAGAGACGAAGAGUGGGGGAUAUUACUGCCUUACUGUAUGUUUUGGCCUUGUGGUGCUGCCUUUUGAAUCAUUUAGGCAUAACUGGGAUGAUGAGUCGAUUGAAGGACACAAGGACAUGGAACAAGGUAGAAAGAUGACAUGUUGACCUUUUUUGGGUGGGGUGGGGGGGGGGGUGCACUUUUGAUCUGCUGAAUUUUUUGUGAAACUGUGUGGGUGUGUUUGUGUGUGUGUGAGACAGAAGUAAGUCAUAGGGAUGGAAGAAAUUGGGUUAGGAUGGUGGUGCAACAGUUCCACAUUUUAAAACCACAGUUUGAUGAGUGUUGCUAUACUGGCCAGGCAGAGGAAGUCUGGAAAGAAUACUGUUAUUACAGUGCCAUCAUUCCCUUUAUAAUUUUAUGCUUAUGGAAAAAUCUAUAUAUUUUUUUCCCACUGGAAAUGUAUGUGUUAUAAUUGUAUAGUAAUUCAGUUGGCAUUGUUGAAAUAAUCAAAGUGAAUUCAUGAGUGCCGAUGCCUCUCUAAGUCAUCAUGCCCGUCUUGACUUGCAUCUCUGGUGACCAACCUGAAGAUUAUUACUGCUGUAUUUGUGGUAGAGUUUUUUUUUUUUAUCAUUACAAAAUCAAACUGUGGAAACAACCAAACUACUUGUACUGGCUGCCUGCUGGGCACAUAGUGUGUGAAGAGAACCUGCGUUUAAUGUGUAUUAUAUACUUUGCAGAUUCAUCCAUUUUAUUAUAUAGGACUUCAAAAUAACAAUGGCCAACUUAAAAAGCUUCUUCAAUGUAUAAGUGCCUCAAGUUACAGUGGAGAUGAACAGUUAAUGAAAGUAAGUAUUUAAGAAAGAGAUGCAGUGCUAAUAGAAACACUGAAGAAGCUAUAUUUUACAUUUGACUCAUUGUUGCAGCAUUACAAUAAGUGAUUUUCUUUUGAUUUGUUUUUCUAUAAAACUGUCUGGCAGAUAUCUUGCCUGAUAUCAAAUGUAAAAGAAAUAUUAAUAAAAAAAACUUUUAAAAUUG